UUCCGUCUCCGUCUGUUUUCUCCCGGUGACUACUCGCAGCCGUCGCCUUGGGCUUGCUUGCCCUCUUCGGUUUCCGUUUCGUCCAUGGCAUCGCCUGAGGAGAUGGUUGAUGCAUCAGAAACUCCAUCCACGCCAAAGAGCACUUACAAGGAUCCAGACGUUGGAAGGCAACGAUUCUUACUCGAACUUGAGUUCAUUCAGUGUCUCGCCAAUCCUACUUACAUCCACUACCUAGCACAGAAUCGGUAUUUUGAAGAUGAAGCAUUUAUUGAAUACUUGAAGUAUCUUCAGUAUUGGCAGCGACCAGAGUACAUCAAGUUCAUUAUGUAUCCACACUGCCUAUAUUUCCUUGAACUUCUUCAAAACCCCAACUUCAGGAGUGCUAUGGCUCAUCCUGCUAACAAGGAAUUGGCGCAUAGGCAACAGUUUUACUAUUGGAAGAACUACAGAAACAACAGGCUGAAGCACAUUCUACCUCGUCCUCUUCCAGAGCCUGUAGCUCCACAACCACCACCUGUACCUUCAUCUUCUCUGCCACCUGCACCACCUGCAACUGCUGCUCCAUCUCCUUCUCCAAUGCAGUACAAUAAUAUGCUUGCCAAGAAUGAAACGAGGAAUAUGGUUUCUGCUGGAAUUGAUCGUAGGAAGAGAAAGAAGGGUCCAUAAGCAUAUCUUGCCCUGAAGCAGACACCAUGGGAUCUUGCAUAUGCUUUCAUGCGUUUUCCUAGAGAGGGAAACCUGCUUGACUCAGGUUACAAAAAUUGAUGGAAACUCUUUACUCAUUCCGUGUCAUAGGACUGUAGUGGGAAGUUGUUACACAACCCUAAAUCAGUAUCAGUCUUUGUCUUUUGUUUUUUUUUGGGCAUAAAGAUCGAUGACAUUGAGCCUCUUGGCUUUAUAGUAAACGGUAGUUAUGAGAUUGAUUCGGUUUGCUACGUUCCAAAUUAUUCGUUGGGCU